AUGUCGACACAAAUCCCACUUCGAAUAGCGCGAUCACAGGCGCACCCGAUGCGCCGCCAGUGUCUCUUCCAGCGCCCCACCGGACCGCCGACACGGCGAUGCCUUGCCGCGACGGCCGCGCGAGCCUUCUCCUCGACCCCUGCACGACCCUACAAGAAGGAUAACCGGCUAGCAGACGCGCGGAUGCAGUUGGCAGGCGCCGAAGCAACGGUCUCAGGCAACCCGGCCCCGACGAACCGGUCGGACAGGCGGGAUGCGGAGGAGAUAUCCGAGGACAUUGGGUUAUUGCAAAACACCAUCAUUCGCGCACCCUUCAGCAGGCUGCCCAGGCCCACGAGCUGGGAGUUCUACAGCUACUUCUGGACGCUGCUGAAAGCGAGGUUCACGGCCUUGUACACACGGAGCCACUUCAAGCGGUGCGUGCACAAGACUGGCAUCACGUCGUACCUACCUGUGGACUUUAUGAAGCAGAAGGAGUUGAAGAACAAGGCCAAGAAGAUGUACAAGAGAUACUACGACCUGCUCGCUGCUGGCGACGCCAAAUCGCUGCGAAAGCUAUGCCUCCCCCCUCUCGCCGGCGCGCUGCGCUCUCAAAUCGCUGCCCGCGGGCCCGUCAAGAUGUCCUGGAACCUUGUUAAAUACAAGUCGGCGCGCAUCGUCUCGCACCGCUGCUCCCCGCUCGGCGGCGACCACCCAGACACGUCGUACCGACAGUACGUCGUGCGUCUCGAGUCGGAGCAGCAGCUGUCCAUGACACCCCUCGGCUCGGCUCGAGACGUCAGCAAGACGAGGGCGCCGAGGUGGACGCCUGACCAGGCGCGCAAGACCAAGGAGGUUGCCAGCGUGGGCGCAGGGGAUGCGGAGCAGAAGCUCGAGUUCACGGACAACGGGAAGGUGCAGACGGUUGUCGAGUACUUGGUUAUGCAGACGAGGGUCAUGGAGGGUAAGGAGGAGGACUGGAAGGUCUGGGGUUUCGCGAGCGAGUCUACGCCGGCCAAGAUCGAGGAGGAUGAGCAGUACUGGAAGAAGAUGUUGGACAUUCAGGCUGCGGCGUAG